GUGAUUGGUCCGUACGCCAGGGCGCCAAAACACCGGAAAAAGAAACUAGAAGCUGUAACAACAGCAGUUGGUUCGUUGUUUUUAAUCAAUACAUACCGUUAUUGCCUGUAUUUAAGGUAUUAAGAACAAAUGAAUACACAGGCAUAUCUUCCAGUACAACCUGGAGUAGGGAUGGAGGAGAAUUUCUUUUCGCUCGACGAUAUUUUGUUGUCUCAAGAAAGACUCCCCGUACGCACGGAAUGCGCUUUUCCCCGACUGGGUUUUCUGGAGAAGUCGAGUGAUUCGCAGGACAUAGCGGAGGGUACAAAGAUGGAGCUGCCUCUGUGGCUGUCCAAGGGUCUGUACGAGAGAAAGAGGAGGAUCCUGUCUGUGGAGCUGCCCAAGGUGUACAGAGAGGGCUGGAGGACCGUGUUCAACGCCGACCCCAGGGUGGUGGACCUGCAUAAGAUGGGGCCCUAUUACUAUGGUCUGGGAUCCCAGAUGCUGCACUUCGACAGCCCAGAGAACCCGGAUAUUGCACAGACACUGUUGCAGACGUUCAUUGGUCGAUUCCGGCGGACUAUGGACUCGUCCCAGAAUGCCUACAACGAAGACACAUCUGCAGUGGUGGAGCGGCUAGACUGUCUGGAGAAAGUCUUGUUCAGGUCAGGGCAAACUGGACUCCAUGGUUUUCAGAGCUGGGAGAAGGGACAGGCCUCACAACUCACUGCCUCCAGUCUGGUUCUCAACUACCGAAAAAGGAAGAUCACUGACGUACAGCCCUGACCUGGAGCUGCUGUUUAAAGACUGAAAAUACUGAUGGGAGGGACUUCAGGGAAGUAGCAUCAGAAGCAGAUUCCUUAACUUCUUGUGGGUUUGUUAGGGCCAUAGCACCUAGCAGAGUUAAACACUCAAUCCAAGUGUGUUUCCUACUUAUUAUUUCAUCAUAUUCCAUGACAGAAAUUGAUAAAUGGAUAAGUUGAUGUGUGAUAAUCUAUAUUAUGAAUAUUAAUUUUAACUCAGUUGAUAAGUAAAGAUUCUCAGCACUUCCUGGUUACAGCAUUUUUAUUUAUUAAACCUAAGCUUUGACUCCUUUGUAUCACUACAGGUUUAGAUAUGUAGGCUGGUCAUUGGAAAUACUGAUUUGUGACAAGUAAUUGUUACAAAGCUGCUGUAAUAUAACUCAAGCAUUACUCAAGGAA